AUGGCAAGCGAACGACCGGCACUUCAGCACACGGGAAAUAAGCGGCUACGAACUUCAUCCUCUGACGACUGCGAUGGCGGUAUCCAUGCUUCAAAAUUGUUUUCUACAGGUGCUUUGACCCCUAUAGAAAAGCUGCAGCGUGCGUGCCAGGAGCUUCAGCUUUCAAGUCUCCCGCGUGUGAUGACUGGGCGUGAGGACGAGCGAAAUGAGAUAUAUACGGCGCUGCGUUCGUCCAUUGAGCAGCAGAGUGCAGGUAGUACUAUCUACAUCAGUGGACUUCCAGGUGCAGGCAAGACGUCGAUUGUUAAGGAGGUCAUUCGUACGCUGGAGUUACAGCGCGAUGCCGGUGAUCUGCACAACUUUGCGUGGGUGGAGGUGAACGGUCUGCAGAUGCCUCGUCCUGAUGUGGCUUAUAGUGUACUCUGGAACGCUUUGAAGUCAUUUGAGUGCAAAAUAGAUCACAAGCUGGAGCCAUCACGCACAAGUAUAAGCGCUGCACGCUUAUGUGAGAUUUUGGAGCGUGAGUUCCACACCCAAAGCUCUGCACGCCCUAUGCUCUUGGUACUGCUCGACGAGAUGGACUUUAUGCUUGCUGGAAAGAACAGCGUAUUGUACAAUCUGCUAGAGUGGCAAACCUCUGCUACGGCCAAACUCGUGCUGAUUGGCAUUGGCAACACAAUGGACUUGCCGGAGCGACUACCUACUAAAAUUCGCAGUCGACUGGGUGGUCAUCGCAUCGCUUUUCCGGCGUACACAAAGGCUCAGCUCGAGAACAUCAUUUAUCAGCGUCUUCGUCAGCUGGACAUCUUCAGUGACGAGGCGAUCCAGAUCUGUGCCAAGUCACUUGCACACCAGUCAGGGGACGUGCGUCAGGCACUAUCGCUUUGCCGCAAGUCGGCAGAAGUGUGCUUACACCGGCUGACGUCGUUAAACCGUGACGGGGCAUCCAAAGCCGGAGGUGAGCAAUUUGUGACGGCUGAAGACUUACACGAUGCUCAAGAGGCAGUAUCGGUGUCGGCUCCCAUGAGCCGCCUGCGCGCAUGCAGUAAGUUUGAAUGCACGUUCUUGGUUGCACUUCGUAUGGAAGUACGUACGAAUUCAGCUCGCGGUGUGAACAAGAGUGGUGCAGAGCUAGAAGCCGUGAUCGAUCGUUUUGCGAUUUUGUGCAAGACGCACUCGUUUGUGCCGAUUCCGCGACUGCGUGGACUGCUAUUUAUUUGUAACGAGUUAGAGCGGUCGGGGGGUGAUCAAGCAGAUUCCAACACGUACAUCGCGUUACCCACUGUUGGAACUGCGAUGUUCACAUCAGGAGUUGCAGGAUGUCUUCCUUACGCACCCAAUUGGUAUGCAGCUAAUUACCUAAACUUGUAA